AUGGAAAAACACGUUGUCGGAACUGAUUACCAGACAUGGUCUCUUCUGCUUCGUCAGGACUUCCAAUGUCUGUUGUGUGUGUCAGGGGGAAGUGUGGAGCAUCUGAUGGAGAAAUAUAUCCGCUACAGGAAUGAAUGUCUGCAACAGAUGAGUACAGAACCCCGACCCAAAGGUGUGUUCUGUGGACGUAUGUUUGACAAGUACGCCUGCUGGUCAGAUGGAAAACUAAACUCCACAGUUAAGGUGCCCUGCCCCUGGUACCUGCCCUGGUACAAUCAAGUGCGUAACGGCUUUGUGUUGCGGAAGUGUGGUCCUGAUGGUCAGUGGACCACCGAUAUCUUCAACCGCACCUGGAUGGACCCUUCUCAGUGCAAAAAUGACAACAGCCACCAUGAAGCUCAGGAGAAGCAGAUGAUGAUCUUAGCCUACUUCAGAGUCAUGUACACAGUUGGUUACUGUGUUAGUCUGGCCAGUCUCUGUCUGGCUUUGAUUAUUCUGGUGUUCUUCAGGAAGCUGCACUGCACCAGAAACUACAUCCACACCAACUUGUUUGCAUCAUUCAUUCUGCGAGCUGUCUCCAUCCUGACCAGAGAUGCUCUGCUGAGCAGAGACACUCCUGAGUUCAUAAAUAGCAGGGACUUCUCAGAAAUACUCAGUGAUCAGGCAGUGUCUGGCUGCCGCGUGGCCCAGGUGCUGAUGCAGUACUGUGUGGGAGCCAACUACUACUGGCUGUUGGUGGAAGGCCUGUAUCUGCACAACCUACUGGUGAUGAUGGUAUUCCCUGAAAACCGUUACUUCUGUGGAUAUCUACUCAUAGGCUGGGGCACACCAGUGUUCUUUGUGGUUCCUUGGAUUAUUGUACGUUACCUGUUUGAAAACACUAGGUGUUGGGAGAUCAAUGAGAACAAGGUGCACUGGUGGAUAAUCCGCACUCCCAUCCUGCUCGCCAUUCUGGUGAACUCAUUCAUCUUUAUCCGGAUCAUCCAUAUUCUUGUUUCAAAACUGAAAGCUCAUCAAAUGAGAUACACUGACUACAAAUUCAGACUGGCCAAAUCCACCCUGACCCUGAUCCCGUUGCUGGGGAUCCAUGAAGUGGUCUUUGCAAUGUUGACAGAGGAUCACACGGAUGGCAUCCUCCGCAACAUCAACCUCUUUUUCCAGCUCUUCCUCAACUCUUUCCAGGGUUUACUUGUAGCCAUCCUCUACUGUUUUGUCAACAAGGAGGUGCAGGCAGAGAUAAAGAAGAAAUGGCAGAGGUGGCAGCUGGGGAUGACCGACCUUGAUGACCUCAGAAACACUGGCAGCAACAUACCACAGGUGGGAGCCAAUGCUGCAGCCUGUCAAAAUGUUGUUGGUGCCAGCAUGCCACCAUCUAGCCAGUGCCACCAUCAGUCUCCCUGUCUGCCGCCUGCUCAUAGCCAAGAGGACAGCCACUUCUCCGUCUCGCCCAACUCCUCUACCUCGCCUCACCCUCAGCUCCCCUUUCCUCGCCCUUACACCCACCAGGACCAGCUGGGAGCCAGACAGCUGAAGACCUACUGCUAUAUCUCUGCUCAUAGACAGGAUGGAGGAGAAGGAGGAAAUGAGGAGAAGUGUUGUGAAAGCUACUGCUGA